ACCCACCCACGCACGCACGCACUACGGUGACGGCAAUGGCGACGGCGAUGGCAGCAGCAGCAGCAGCACCGAGAGAGGAAACCGACAAGCAUAUUCUUCAGGAGCUUGGUGCUUCCUGUAUGAAGCUGGGACAGUUGGCACUUGAUAAUUUCCAUGUAGCACCAACUGUUGGACCAGAAAACGCUGCUCUAACAGACUCCGUUCUGCAUCUUCUGUGGUUAAAGGAUCAAGUAAGCCAACAAACGGUGGAACUCCAGGCUGGUGUGAAAGCUUGUGUUGAAACUAAUACAGAGGCUGUGUCAGAAGAAAACCUGAAAGAAACAAUUCAAGCGAUCGAACGGGAAUUAGAAGAUGUUACAGUCUCUUUCCAGCAGAAAAACAUGUCUCUCCAUAGGCUUCAGUACACAAAUGCUCUUCGAGAAGCAGCACAAAUGAAUGAUAAAGAUGGGAAGUUGAUAAUGGAAACAGUCAAGCACUCUUUAGAUCUUUGUUCUGAGAUUAUAGCAACCCAGAAGGAAGUUCACACUUUGGAAAAUGCAGUGUUUGAAGUACAAAAGCAGAGACUAUCACUAAAACAAAAAAUGCAGGGUGUAUUAAAGGACAUGGAAGCUGAAAAGAAGAAGCAGCAACAACUGUUACAGCAAUUAGAAAAUGAACUUCCAAAACGUGGAGAAAAGAACUUGCAAGAACACUUUAAAAUGGUGACAUUAAUUCAGAAGGUUUUGCAGGGUGUUAUUCUUGCCAGUGGAGUGAACUGGGCCAAUGAUCCUGAGUUGAAGGAAAUAGUUUUGCAACUGGAGAAUAAUCCACUUGAAGAAACUGAUUCAAUCCACUCAUGAAGAGACAAAGUGCUGGAGUAACUCAGCGAGUCGGACAGCGUCUGUGGAGAACAUGGAUAGGUUUUGCUGAAA